GGGAAAAUGUCUUUAUAUUAAAUACACUAUUAUUUAAAUCUAAUUCCUACUUUGCCUCUUUUGAAAAAGCCACGUUUAACGUUACAUCUCGGAGCUCCAGGUAGACGAGUGAUGCAGACUCAAGAGAUGAAGGUCACGCCACAUGUUGCCUUUAACUGCUGCACUGAGCCCAUCCUGGGGGCAGAACCACAGCUUAUUAUUUGAAGGAGGGAACCUAUUGAAGCCUUCCUCCUCAUCUUUGCCACUAACCUCUCUUCAUUUGUUACUGUAAGUUGGUACGGAGGACUCUGUGGAAGGCAAGCAGACUUUCAUUCCAGGAGCCCAACAGUUGCUGUCACUCUUUUGGCUAAGUUGAGCAGUAAAUGUGCAGGAUGUCCAACAACAUGGCCAAGAUUGCAGAUGCUCGAAAGACGGUGGAACAGUUGAAACUGGAAGUCAACAUAGAGAGGAUGAUGGUAUCCAAAGCAGCGGCUGAGCUGAUGGCCUACUGUGAAAGUCAUGCCAAAGAAGACCCUCUAGUGACACCAGUACCGUCUUCUGAGAACCCGUUUCGGGAGAAGAAAUUAUUCUGUGUAGUAUUAUAAUCAACUCCUCUCCCACACUGCCUUUUGUUUUUAAUGUGUGAAUUUAAUGACAAAUUGGAUUAGAAAACAUUUUUUUCUUACAACAUUCGGUUUUGUAAUUAAUUAAAUUAGCUCUCUGGUGAAUAACUUUAUACCUGAGGAAUAAUCAUUAUUUGAACAUGAUGAUAAAGGCAAUAAAGAUUUUUUUGGUAAUGGGUGCAAAGUUCAUUUAAGGCCAGUAUUGCUGCCUCUCCUUGUGCACACAGUUUCUCACUGGCCUUACGUUUAACUCAUUUGUAUAGAGAGUAACAGUAAGAUUUUUUUUUAAACUGUUGUAAGGUGUUGGUAUUAUUGUUUUAGACUAAUUUCAUAUUAUGAAAAGGCAAAAUAAAUUAUACAUUUGUUCACACUAUGUUUUCACAAUAUGAAAAAAAGUUUACUUUAAGGUGACAAGAAAAGUUUUUUUUUCAUAAUCUAUAAUAUUUACCUGAGUUAACAGUACAGUCUUUAGUCUGGUGUUGUUUUUCCGCCUGAAUGUUGCAGACGUUUCC